CCUUGGGAACUGGUUCAACCAGAGUACAACCAGCUCAUCUGCAUCUGGUCCUGGAAAACCUGCUGGAGCUACAGCAGGAGGGAAGGCUGCGGGAGGAGCUGCAGCGGCGCGCGUGAGUGCGGAACACACACCGGCGGGCCCUGCGCUGCGCCCCGCCACUCGGGAAGCCCAUGCCGGGCCUGUGCUACCCGGGGCUUGCUCAUGAGGCCUCUGCGGUGCGGGUGGAGGAAGACCCAAAGCAUCUCCCUGGGACUCUGUGCCCUCUGCCUGGUCGCAGCCCACUGUCUGCAGAGUCAGGGUGUGUCACUGUACAUUCCCCAGUCCACCAUCAAUGCCACUGUCGAAGAAGACAUCCUGCUCUCAGUUGAAUAUUCCUGCCAUGGGGUGCCCACCAUCGAAUGGAAGUAUACAUCCAACUGGGGUGUGCAGAAAAUCGUGGAGUGGAAACCAGGGACUCAGGCCAACAUCUCCCAAAGCCAUAAGGACAGAGUCUGCACCUUUGACAAUGGCUCCAUCCAACUUUUCAGUGUGGGAGUGCGGGAUUCAGGCUAUUACAUCAUCACCGUGACAGAGCGCCUGGGGAGCAGCCAGUUUGGCACCAUUGUCCUGCAUGUGUCUGAGAUCCUCUACGAAGACCUCCAUUUUGUUGCUGUCUUCCUUGCUUUACUCGCCGCUGUGGCCGCAGUGUUAAUCAGCCUCAUGUGGGUCUGUAAUAAGUGUUCAUAUAAAUUCCAGAGGAAGAGAAGACACAAACUCAAAGAAAGCACAACUGAGGAGAUUGAGCUACAAGAUGUUGAAUGCUAGUCAAGGCUGGGCCCAGUUACAUUCCUACCUCAAGAGGAAAACAUUAUUUCCUAACCAAAAGAACAAACAUAGCCAAUCCACUCUACAGCCUCUUGUGGUCCUGCCAUGCAACCCAUUCCUCCUAGGACAGAAGGUAACACAAUGGACCGCAUGGAGUUGAAGUUUACGGCUUGGACAAACUCAGUCCUAGGACUUCAAGGAGAAGAGUUAAUUGGAGUUUGAGCCAGGAGCUUUGCUUGAUUGAAGCUUCAGGGUCAUGCUGACCCAUAAUCAAUGACGAGGGGCUGGCACUGACUGCGGAUCACAGAGCUUGCUCUGGCCCCAGGGAUGGUCUGUUGGAGGAAUCCCUGUGUCAGGGGCCAGAGUAUCUCCAGAUUGGCUGAUGUGCAGCCAGCACUGGAACAUGCUUUCUGUGCCUUUGUGCUUAUAUCUGCUCUGGAAACUGCUGCACCCACCAACCUCCUAUCUUGUACCUCAUAAGCACUGCUGUGAGAGCUAUUGUGAGAAAAUCUGAGGCUUUCAGACAAUCUGCUGCCUCAGAGGCAGAGGUAAAAAGAGUCUAAGGGGGUGCUAUUGUGCUAUAGUGGGCUGCUCAGAGAUGGGACCCUAUAGCUUAGAGCUUUAAGGAGAGGAGCUUGAUGCAACUCUGAGGGACAAUCUAUGGACAUAGGAAACAGAAUUUUUUUUUCUUCCUCUACCAUUCCAAAAUGAAUUGGGUUUUCUCUCUCAUAGCCCAGUUAGGUCAGUGUGAGGGAAAAUAAGGCUCAUUUUCACUAUGGGCAGCAUUGGUCUUCCUGGCAAGCUAGAUAAUGCCACCUGUGUGAAAGUUGAGCCUGCAUAUGGAUGGUGCAACCAGGAACACAGUAAUCUCAGGCUUAAGAUCUGUCCCGCUCAGUCACAAACACUUCAUCUCCAGUCAAGCCCUUGUUCUCUGUCCUACCCCAGCUGAGGAAUGUUUGGCUCUCACCUACCUCACAGUUAGGAUAUCAAGAGAAGCCCACAGUGUGUCUAGAGCACUCUGAGCAGUUUAAGAAAAGCAUGAGAAUCCUUCAAGGAUCUGGAAAGCUCUACUGGAAAAUGCUAUACUGAGUAUUAGAAAUUGAAAUGCCUUGGGGUACAGAGGCUCCAGCUAAUCUUGGGGAUUGGAUCCCAACAGGCCUUCAUCCUUAAUGUCUCCAGUUUGUGGUGAUGUUUACCUGAAAAUUUUUCCAUCCCCACUUCCAUUUGGCAAGCUCCAAAAUCAGGCAUGAGCUGGGCAUGGUAGCACAUACCUAGUAAUCCCAGCUACUUGUAAGGUUGAGGCAAGAAGAUCUCAAGUUAAAAGCCAGCCUCACAACUUAGUAAGUCCCUGUCUCAAAAUAAAAAAUAAAAAGGUCUGGGAAUGUACUCUGUGGAAGAGUGCUUGCUUAGCCUGUGUGAGGCCCUGACUUCAAUUCCCAGUAGAGAAAGAAUCAAAAUAAAGGUAGAUAUGAAUUUAUUUCCCACUCUCAUUUCUCUCUACAAUAAUUGUGGUUUCAGACCAAAGAUACUACCCCAAUUAUGAUGGAGGCUGAGGUAUUAGCAGUGUUCCCAGGCCUCAAUUGCAAAUUCAUGCAUGCAAAAGUGCUAGGACAUUCCUUUUCUUCUCCUUCCUUUCAGAUUCCCAAUGUAUAUCUUUUCUGCUCCCAUAUUGAAGGUAAGGAGUUGCCUGGAGAAAUCCAUUAGAUUAGACCUUUCCCUAAAUAAUGAACCCAGAGCUACAGGAAGAGGUCCUUUGGAGUAUUCAGAUAGCAACUGGUAGUGAUCUAAUGAAGGACUCCAAAGGCACUACCAUACUUGAUUCCAAAGACAAGAGAGUAGCAAGUUUACACAAUGGACAUGUAGCUCUAGCACCUGGUAUGCGGCAGGAGCUCAUCUUCAGGUCACCUUUGUAUACACACAUCCAAACAUGCACUCUUAAUGGCCCUUUCCCAGACAGUAGAGGAACCAGGCCCCGUGCCAGGACAGUUUCUGCACAGCCAUGGAGAAACAGGGUGAGGCAUACCAGAGAAAAAGGGGAUCAAGGAUAAGCUGCUUAUGUCUUUCUCCUCUUUCUCACAGGAAGCCUAAAGCAGAGUUUGGAGCUGGGUAGCUGGGGAGUGUGUGCUUCCUCUUUCACAUUAUCUGCUCUUCAAAACUCCAUUGCUCAGUUUGUCAGGAGUCAGGGAUGGUGAGCUUCAGAGUAAAAGGAGAAAUGGAAAAGGACACUCAGAGGAGACCCCCACAGGCACACUCAGAUGUAAAUUAAAUUGCCCCCGAAGAAUCUCAUAAAGGUUAUUUUCAUAGCUUUCCAUUUCUUUGAAAGGCUGAUUUAUUUGUGCACUUUUAAAGCUAUCCCAUUUUUAUAUCUCACAGCCUAAGGUUUUUGUCUGUUGUUAAAAAAGAAAAUAUUAAAUAAUAGGGCUUGGCCAGUGUGAUGUUAAGUUAUAAGUUGUUUCAAACUGUGAAAAAAUGUUUCAAAGAAUGAAAUAAAACCUGAAUAUAAA